AUGGCCCUCCCGCAAGCCUUCGCUUCUCCAGCCGCCCUGGCGGCGAUUUUCAUGGCCGGCAUUCUCCUCUGCCUGCUGUUGCGAAUCGGACGGCGGCCGAAAGGCAUGCCGCCAGGUCCUCCAACUAUUCCAAUCAUGGGCAACUUGCACCAGCUGCCCAGGGAGGAUGUUCACGUCAAAUUCAAAGAGUGGGCGGAUCAAUAUGGGGAUAUCUACUCAGUCAUGCUGGGAAGCCAGCGGAUGGUGGUCUUGAACUCGCCCCAGGUGGUCAAGGACCUCAUCGACCAGAGGUCAAACAACUACUCCUCUCGGCCUGAGAUGUACGUCGGCCAGACCCUCAUCUCAGGCGGGUACCGCCUCGUCCUGAUGCAGUACGACGAAGGCUGGCGGCUCGCUCGCAAGAUGAUCCACAACCUCCUCAACAUCAAGACUGCCGUCGAGUAUAUCCCAUUCCAGGAGCUCGAGCUCCGGCAGAUGCUGGCAGACAUGGUCAAGGAGCCCAACGCGUACCAUGACCACGUCAGACGCUACAGCACGUCGCUUGUCACCAGCUUCACUUUCGGCUGGCGGAGCCUGGCCUUCCAUGACCCCGACGUCAAGGCCAUCUACGAAGGCUUUGAGGAGUUUGCCGUGGCCUCCAAUGUCUCAGCAUCGAUGUUGGACUACUUCCCCUUCCUUCGGAUCAUGCCUGACUGGAUGAACCCGAGCAAGAGACGCGGCAAGCAGCUGCACCAGGCCGAACUUGACCUGUACAAGUCCUACAUGCUCAAGGUCAAGCAGCGCAGCGAGAAGGGCGUCAGUUCCAAGAACUUUUGCGACACCAUGUUCAAGCUGCAGGAGAAGCACGGCUUCAGUGAUGAUUGGGCAUCCUACGUCAGCGGGACACUGCUCGAGGCCGGAUCGGACACCACAGCAUCCAUCUUCCUGUCCUUUGCCGUGGCCAUGAUCAACUUCCCCGAGGUGCAGAAGAAAGCGCAAGAGGAGGUCGACCGCGUUGUCGGACCGAACAGGCUGCCCACCAUGGCCGAUGAGAAGUCUCUCCAGUAUAUCCGCGGAGUCGUCAAGGAGUCGCUCCGCUUCUUGCCCUCGUCCAUCCUGGGUAUUGUGCCCCACGCGAACACCAACGCCGACACGUACCGUGGCUAUCACUUCCCUGCUAACACUGGCAUGAUGAUUAACGUGUGGGCCCUGAACAACAACCCCGAGCGAUACCCUAACCCGCGCAACUUUGAACCGGAUCGAUACAAGGACGACUUCCUCCGCGCGCAGGAGAGUGCCACCCUCAACGACGUUAGCAAGCGCGACCAUUACACCUUUGGCGCCGGGCGCCGGGUUUGCCCUGGCCUGAACAUCGCCGAGCGCAGCCUAUUCCUCGGCAUCACUUACAUGCUGUGGGCCUUUAGUUUCGAGCACGCAACGGACGAGAAGGGCAACAAGAUCCCCGUCAGUACGGAGGAUGUCACGCAGGGUAUCGUGUGCCGGCCGAAGCCAUUCCCCUUCAAGCUGCGGCGCAGAGACCCUGGGAGGAUAGAGAUGAUUCUCAAGGCGUGGGACAACGCCAAGGAGCUACUGGCUAGGUAUCCGGAUGGCAUACGGAGCACGCAGUAUGUAAACGAUUGGAAGGAGUUCACCGCAAACGAAAAGUUUACUUAG